CCGGACCGGAUAUAGAGUUGCUAUUUUCCUAAGCGACCUGUCAGCUACAAGAUGGCGGCAUCGUUGGAGCAGUAUGUGACGACCGUAACUCAUCUAUCAGAGCAAGGCAACUUUGCCAAACUCUGUGAGUUUAUCAACAAAAGUACUGACUUUUUAGCGAAGAAUUCCAGUCAUCUUGACAACGUGAUUGCUACAUUAGACUGCCAGAAACAUUCGUUUGGAAUCUUGGGCAUUUUGUGUGUAAAGUAUAACUUGAGUAACAUUCCAGACUUUGAAACUUUGUAUGUCCAAACUCAGGAUUUUAUACUUUCAUGCAAUGGCGAACAUGUUAGAAAUGCAACUAGUAGCUUUGCUGAUCUUUGUCACAAGUUUACUCAAUACUUGAUGGAUAGCACAAGACAGCCAUCUCAAGCAAUGCGAGGAAUACCCAUCUUAAUUAAAGCCAUCACCAAGAUUCAGCUGUUUCCCUCUCAGCUAACUUCUAUUCAUAGUGAUCUCUGCAAGUUGUGUUUGCAAUCCAAAAACCUGCAGCCUGCCUUGCAGUUUUUAAAUGUGGACUUUGUUGAUAUUGGCAAUGAAGGAGGUCACUAUGAUGCCAAAGACUUCUUACUCUAUUACUACUAUGGUGGGAUGAUCUACACUGCUCUAAAGAACUAUGAUCGUGCUUUGUAUUUCUUUGAAGUGGCAAUUACAACUCCCAGCAUGGCUGUCAGCCACAUUAUGAUGGAGGCUUAUAAGAAAUAUAUAUUAGUGGCACUUAUAUUACAUGGAAAGAUUCCAGCUCUUCCAAAAUACACAUCUCAAGUUGUAGGUAAAUAUAUUAAGCCACUGUGCCAGCCAUACUAUGACCUUGCUACAUCAUACGGAACAAAUAACCCAUCAGAUCUGCGGAUGAUUGUCAAUAAGCACUCGGAAGUAUUCAGUAAGGACAACAACAUGGGUCUAGUAAAACAGUGUAUUAUCUCCCUUUAUAAAAAAAAUAUACAAAGAUUAACCAAGACGUUCCUCACAUUAUCAUUAGCAGAUAUGGCUGGCCGAGUACAACUUCCUGGUCCAGCUGAAGCCGAAAAAUAUGUUUUGCGUAUGAUUGAAGAUGGUGAAAUCUUUGCCACCAUCAACCAGAAAGAUGGGAUGGUGGAGUUCCAUGACAACCCCGAGAAAUACAACAGUGCUCACAUGCUGCUACAGCUCAACACAGAGAUGCAGAAAUGUAUUGCAUUGGAUGAGAAGUUACAAGACAUGGAUCAUACCAUCACUGUCAACUCACAGUAUGUGCAAAAGAGUUGUGGUUUACACGAGGAAGAACUGUCUGGUUCCUCCUCCAUCAAAGGUCAAGGAUACUGAAUCAUCCUCCCAUCCCUCACCUAAACGCUAUGGAUUCUAAUUGAGUCGCACUGGUCAAGGAGACUUUAAUGUGACCAUUAGCUGGACAAUGACCCUUCCCCCCAUGAUUUCACUGUUUUAGAAUAAAUUCCUUAAGAUUGGCUUUUGUUCCAGUCUUGGAAUUUGUUCUAACUCUCCCCUGCCCCAACCCACUAUCACCUCCACUACCAGCCUGUUGCUAUGGUAACUAAUAACAGCUCAGACUCCAAUAAACUGCUUUUCUUUUUAUUGUUCCUUA